UUCCCUCUCUCCAUAUAAUUUAACUAGCCCCUUUUUGGAUCUCGACUCACACCUUAUUCUAUUAUAUAUCCGAUCCCUUAAAUAAAAAUAAUAUUGAGAAGAAUGGCGGCGGCAUCGCGAGAGGAGAACGUGUACAUGGCGAAGCUGGCGGAGCAGGCGGAGCGGUACGAGGAGAUGGUGGAGUUCAUGGAGAAGGUGUCGGGCGCGCUGGGAGAGAAGGAGGAGCUGAGCGUGGAGGAGCGGAACCUGCUCUCCGUGGCCUACAAGAACGUCAUCGGGGCGAGGCGCGCCUCGUGGCGGAUCAUCUCCUCCAUCGAGCAGAAGGAGGAGUCGAAGGGGAACGGGGACCACGUCGCCACCAUCAAGACGUACCGCUCCAAGAUCGAGAAGGAGCUCUGCACCAUCUGCGACGGCAUACUCAAGAUGCUCGAUGACCGCCUCGUCCCCUCCGCCUCCUCCGGCGACUCUAAGGUCUUUUACCUUAAGAUGAAGGGCGAUUAUCAUAGGUACUCGGCUGAGUUUAAGACUGGCGCUGAGAGGAAAGAGGCUGCUGAGAGCACUCUCUCCGCCUACAAGUCUGCUCAGGACAUUGCUAACACGGAGCUGGCCCCAACGCAUCCGAUCAGGCUUGGGUUGGCUCUCAACUUCUCCGUUUUCUACUACGAGAUUCUCAACUCCCCCGACCGCGCUUGUAGUCUAGCAAAACAAGCCUUUGAUGAAGCGAUUGCGGAGUUGGAUACAUUAGGCGAGGAGUCCUACAAAGACAGCACCUUGAUCAUGCAGCUUCUUCGCGACAACCUCACUUUAUGGACCUCCGACGUUCAGGAGGAAGGAGCUGAUGAGAUUAAGGAAGCCCCCAAAGCUGAAGAAGGCCAACCGCUGUGAGGAGGUUGAGAUGAUCACUAGUUUGUUUGGUGUUAUUUCAUUCAACUUUGAAUUAUGUUUAUGGUUAAUUUCUUAUAGGAGUUUGUGUUAGAACAUGCUACAUUAAGUUUGUUUAGUUAGGCCAAGUUGUAAGCUUCACAUGAAGUAUCUCGUAACUGCAAUUUUUUUUUUUUGAGACAAAAGCAUUGAAUAGUUUCUGUCC